AGUGAUUCUGCUCCUUCGAAUAACCUCAGGUCUUAGGGUGAGGUAUAUUGUUUCAAACAUAGUCAUCAAAUUAUUUAGUUCUAUUUAUCACAUUAUGGGACGAAGGAAAGCUGGAUUUCGAAAAGAUCACCAUUUCAAUAGAAAAAAGGGAAAUUCUCAAAGAACUGAGGAGGUACAAGACUCUCGAAAACCAUACAGUGAUAUUAUUAAAGAAAAUGAGAAGUUUGUUCAAUAUUAUAAGACUCUUGGAGUUUGUAAAGAGGAGGAAUUUGAUGAAUUUAUAACUAGCCUAAAAACUGAUUUACCUGCAACAUUCCGAAUAACAGGAUCCAAAGGAGUUGCACAUAAAAUGCUGGAAAUUGUUCAAGGUCAACUUAUAAAAGAUUGUGUGGAUCAGACCGAAGAAAAUGAGAAGGCACUAAAGAUAUUUCCUCUUCCUUGGUAUCCUAAUAAAUUGGCUUGGCAAAUGGAAUUGACCAGAAAAGACAUAAGAAGAUAUGAAGCUUAUUAUAAGUUACACAAUUUCCUGAUUUCCGAAACUGAACAUGGUACCAUAUCUCGGCAAGAAACAGUCAGUAUGAUUCCACCGCUGGUUUUAGAUGUAGAACCUCAUCAUAAGGUAUUAGAUAUGUGCGCAGCGCCUGGAUCCAAAACUGCCCAACUACUGGAGCUUCUCCACAAUAAAGAUGAUCCUAUUCCCUCGGGAUAUGUGAUCGCCAACGAUGUUGAUAAUAAACGUUGCUAUAUGUUGGUGCAUCAAGCCAAAAGGUUGAAUUCGCCUUGUGUGGCAGUUAUCAAUCACGAUAGUGCGGUAUUACCAAAUCUAUUCAGUACUUCCCCCGAUGGAUCUAAACAACAGGUGCAGUUUGACAGGAUAUUGUGUGACGUACCUUGUUCCGGAGAUGGAACUUUGAGAAAAAAUCCAGACAUAUGGAUGAAAUGGACUGCCGCAAAUGGAAUAAACUUACAUGGCAUUCAAACUAGAAUUCUGAGAAGAGGUGCUGAACUACUUGCUGUAGGAGGGAAAAUCGUCUAUUCCACAUGUUCUAUCAAUCCGAUUGAAAAUGAGGCUGUCAUUCAUCGAAUUCUUUCUGAAACUGAUGGUGCCUUAGAACUGGUAGAUGUUUCAGGUCACCUACCUGGCUUGAAAUUCUCUCCUGGUAUGGAAGAUUGGUUAGUGGCUAGUCGAAAUUUGGAAUUCUAUAAAACAUUUGAUGAUGUCGAUGAGAAAUGGAGUACAACUAUUAGACCGCAAAUGUUUCCACCAAAACCAGAAGAUAGGGGAAAAUAUAAUCUGAAUAGAUGCAUUAGAAUAUUGCCUCAUCAACAAAACACUGGUGCAUUUUUCGUAGCUGUUCUGAAAAAGGUGAAAUUACUAAACUGCAAAGAAACACCACUCAUAAGUGAUGAGACCAAAAAACGUGAAAUUGAGAGUAAUUCCUCGAACAGCCAAAGAAAAAAACCGAGGAAAGAUGGAUACCGAGAAGACCCUUUUGUAUUUUUCAAAGAAGAAGAACCAGUUUGGACUGAUAUAAAGACGUUCUACAAAGUUGCUGACCCAUUUGAUUCAAAAUGUUUGCUAACCAGAUGUCAUGUGGGCAAGAAAAAGAAUAUUUAUUUGACGUCUGAAGCAGUGAGAGACUUAGUUGUGACAAACCAGGGUACGAUUAAGUUCAUAAAUACCGGAGUCAAGGCAUUUGUGAGAUGUGACAAUAAAAAUAUGAAAUGUGCUUUCAGAAUUGCGAAUGACGGGCUGGAAAGCAUAUAUCCGUUCAUUGGAGAUGACCGAAAAGUUACUAUUCCAAAGGAAGAUCUAAUAACCCUAUUAUUGAAUGACGACCCUCAACAUUCUCCACCAAUUGUCAGCCUAUCAGAGACAGUUCAGAAGCAAGUAGAAGAUUUAAGUCCUGGUAGUUGUGUACUGAUAUAUAAAGAAGAUACUGUUAAUCCUCUCAUGAUACAUAUCAGCGGUUGGAGAGGCACUACCUCUUUGAGGUGUUAUAUGGACAGACACAGUACAGUACAUUUGUUGAGAUUAUUGGGAGGGGACAUAUCUAAAUAUGACGUGAACAAGUUCAAGAAAACCAUGGACAAUGAAUUUGUUGAUGAGAAAAAAGAAGAUAAUGGAGAAAGUAUAACAAAUGAAUCAGUGGUACAAGUAGGAAAAUAAUAUAAUAUACCAUGUGAUGUUUUGUUUGCCAAUGAAUUCUAUAAAUUAUGUAACUUCC